AUGCCCCAGGCACUGAAGCUAGCCAGCAGCAGGGCCUCCUGGCUCGCCAGGUGCCUCCCGGAGCUGUGGCCGGAGUCUCUCCUGAAAGCUCCAGCCAGAGUGGUCCAGAGCCACAAGACCCUGGAGGAGAUGCCUGGACCCAGCACCCUCAGCUUCCUCACCGACCUCUUCUGCAAAAAGGGGCUCUCCAGGCUGCACGAACUACAGAUUGAAGGCAAAGCCAAGUAUGGUCCAAUGUGGAAGGCAAGCUUUGGGCCUAUUCUUACUGUCCAUGUUGCAGAUCCUAGCCUGAUUGAGCAGGUGCUGAGACAGGAAGGCAAACACCCCAUCCGUUCCGACCUCUCCUCCUGGAAAGAUUACAGGAUCUGCCGGGGCCAUGCCUAUGGACUGCUCACUGCGGAAGGCGAGGAAUGGCAGCAAAUACGCAGCAUCCUGGGAAAGCACAUGUUGAAGCCCAAGGAGGUGGAAUCCUACACUGGCACACUGAAUGAGGUGGUUAGUGACCUGGUUCAACGGCUGCAGCACCAGCGGAGCCUCCACGAACAACAUGUAGUCAAGAAUGUGGCUGAUGAGUUCUACAAGUUUGGAUUAGAAGGCAUUUCUUCUGUCCUCUUUGAAUCCCGCAUUGGCUGCUUGGAACCCAAAGUCCCAAAGGAAACAGAGACCUUCAUUAGCUCCAUCAAUACCAUGUUUGUCAUGACUCUGCUCACAAUGGCCAUGCCCAAGAUCUUGCACCAAAUCUUCCCUAAGCCCUGGCAGAAGUUCUGUGAAUCCUGGGACUACAUGUUUGAAUUUGCCAAAGGGCACAUUGAUAAGCGGAUGGCUGAGGUUUCAGAGAGAAUCUCACGGGGAGAGAAAGUAGAAGGGAAAUACCUGACUUACUACUUGGCUCAAGAGAAACUAUCCAUGAAAUCCAUCUAUGGAAAUGUGACUGAACUUCUGCUGGCUGGUGUGGACACGAUCUCAAGCACCUUGUCAUGGAGCCUGUAUGAGUUAUCCCGUCAUCCUCAGAUCCAAUCUGCCCUCCACAAGGAAAUUACGGCAGUCAUGAAGGACAGCCCCAUUCCAACUGCAGCUGAUGUAGCCCAGAUGCCCCUCCUGAAGGCAGUGGUGAAAGAGGCACUAAGAUUGUACCCAGUGAUACCUGGUAAUGCACGUGUCAUCUCAGACCGGGACAUCCAAGUGGGAGAUUAUUUGAUCCCCAAAAAGACCCUGAUCACCCUCUGUCAUUACGCUACCUCACGUGAUGAAAAGUAUUUCUCUAACCCCAACACCUUCCAACCAGAGCGGUGGCUGCACAAGGAUGAUGCGCAUCACCCAUACGCCUCCAUUCCCUUUGGCUUUGGCAAACGCAGCUGCAUUGGCCGGCGCAUUGCAGAGCUGGAAGUCUAUCUGGCUCUGGCUAGGAUCCUGAUGCAUUUUGAAGUGAAGCCAGAACAAGAAGGACAAAUAGUCAGACCCAUGACACGCACACUUCUGGUGCCUGAGAAGGAGAUCAAUCUGCAGUUUCUGAAUCGUUGAGAAUUGGAUGAAGUGGAAUUUAUUGAUUUGGACUUCCCAUCAAAGCAUGGACUUGAGAGGAAAUGGCAACUAGCCAGAUGCUCUGCAUUCUUUGGAAUCUGUUUGAAGGAUCCAUGAUGUAGAGAAGAAGUAUGUCAAUGGCUCAGGCCUCGUCAAGGAGCAACCCUAGAGUAUUGCCUCUAGGGGAGGAGAUUUCACUAUGCCUUAACUUCUCUGAACCAGGGUUGCACCAGUUUCCUGCUGCCUAUGUGAUACCUGCACACAUACACACAAAUGCAUACUUUGCUGUGUAAAACCUAUGAAAAAUGCAAACAACUUUUCAAACCUCAUAAUUUUCAAAACAAAAGAAGCUGACUUGAGAGGAGAGGAGAAAUCAACAUUGCUUGACUGUUGUCAUGAACUGGGAAAUGCUUCUGUAACUUACAGUACUAGUUUAAAAUGGACAGAAUGCCACUGAAGCUUAAAAGGCAAUAUAUGUGUGUGUGUAUGCAUGCAUUCUGUUCAGAGGUUUGGGAUAGAGCAAUAGUUAUCUAUUUAAAUGUAUUAUUAUUAUUAUUAUUAUUAUUAUUAUUAUUAUUAUUAUUAUUUCUAUUAUGCUAAUCUUCUAUAUUUAAUACACUUCCCCCAAAUAUUUAUAUUUUCUACUCUGUAAUUUAUAAAUAUAUAAAUAUUUAAAUAUUAUCAUCCAAAAUGUCAGAAACAAAUGGAAAAUUAAUUUAAUUUUUUAAAAUGGAACCAUGUUUUUUCUAUAUGUUAAACAACUUUAUUGGAACAGUUCCUGUACCCUAAA